AGGCUCUGGUUACACAGUGGACAAAACCGCUCACUGAGAGUCAGAGAGAGACACUCUGAGUGACUGACCGACCAGUCUACCUUCUGCUACGAUGCUGGAAUAACACAGAAUCCACACUGUAUCUAACAUCUAGCCCAUAUUUACCUGGAAGAUGUCUGGGAAACUCGACAGUAAGCAAGACUCCCAGCGCUCCAACCUGCAAACCUUCACAAUGAGGCUAAUAGACAGAUUUCACUCCCCCAAGCCAAAAAGAGUGCAUUCAUCAAAGAAAGCAUCAAAGCCUUCAAUAGAACGAACUGUCAAGGCUCCUGAGAAGCAAGAAACUAAGAAUCUCAGUCGGUUGGAAGAGAAGGAGAAAGAAGUGGUCAGUGCCUUGCGUUACUUCAAGACGAUCAUUGAUAAGAUGGUGGUGGACCGGAAAGUUCUGGAAAUGCUUCCCGGCUCGGCCAGUAAAGUGUUGGAGGCUAUCGUGCCUGUAGUGCAAAUCGACCCCAAGAUUCUGAAAAGUUCCUCCGUGUCGUCCUGCCUCAGUCGAGUGUAUCAGAGUCUGGCGAACCUCAUCCGCUGGUCUGAUCAGGUGAUGCUGGAGGGAGUGGACCUGGAGGAGAAGGACACUGUUGCAAAUGUUACCAGCAUCAUCAAAGCAGUGCUGGAUGGGGUGAAGGAACUAGUGAAGCUGGUUUUGGAGAAACAGCAGCUCCCAUCCCCAACAUCGCCCACAGCCAAAAAUGUGCCAUCAGUCAUCAGCUCAGAGAGUGCUCCAGAGCCUCCUGUUAUAGAGACAGAAGAUGAGAGCUCGACAAACUCGUCUGCACUGAGUCGUUCCUCCGAGGCCCUGACUGACGCCCCCUCCACCGAAGAAGCAGCGCCUCCCAAACCCCCGCUCCCUGGCCUGAAAGUGCCUGAGCACUGUCCCCCAGCUCUUCCUCCUAAGAAGCGCCAGUCAGCUCCGUCUCCUACCCGAGUCGCCGUCGUUGCUCCGAUGAGCCGUGCCACCAGCGGAUCGAGUCUUCCUAUCGGCAUCUGCAAACAGGACUAUGAUGCAGAUGGUUUACAGCGGCGCUUUUCUGGUGGCAGUCACUCAUACGGUGGCGAGUCGCCGCGCAGCUCUCCCUGCGGCAGCAUGGGUAAACUGAGCAAAUCAGACGAGCAGCUGUCCUCUCUGGAGCAGGACAGCGGACAGUGCUCUCGCAACACUAGCUGUGAGACGCUAGAUACAGCAGAGUGCUACGACCCAGACUAUGACUUCCUCAGAGAGGACUUGUCCAGCGUGGAUCAGAUCUCUCUGCCUCCCGGAAGCUGUCUCAGCCCCCUACCCGAGUCCCACCGUGAGCCGUCCUCCUCCCCAUGUCCGGGCCAGGUUCCGUGCGGUUCUGCCUCUCUUCAUCACUCCACCGCUCCUUCUCCGCACACCCUCAUCACCCCUCCUGCCCUGCCAGAAAAGAAGCGGCGCAGCGGCAACUCUCACACACCCUUCGACGGCCUGCCGUCUCGAACCCCCUUCGAGCGCCUGCACUCCCAUUACGACAACGUCGCAGACGAGGAAAUACCCGUGCCACCGUUCCCUCUGUUCCCUCUCUUCGCCCCCGUGGUCGGAUAUGGGGUGGACUUUGUCGCCCCUGAGAACGCUUCCGUGCCUCAAUCUCCUCCACCGCUACCCGAGAAGAAAAGCAGACACAUCCUGAAGUACAUGCAGUUUAUGGAGGAUUACUCGGAACCGCAGCCAUCCGUGUUCUACCAGACGCCGCAGAGCGAGAGCAUCUACGAGCAGCGCAAUAGGCUCAUACAGGAAGUGUACGGCUUCAACGACUCGUUCAGCAGCAGUGACUCUGUGCACGAGCCCCUCCCCCCUCCAGCGCUCCCACCCAAACAGAGGCAGCUGGCCUCCUCUCACUCUGCGUCUCCUUCCUCAUCCUCCUCUUCCUCUCUGUCGUGCCAGCUGCAGCCGGGUGGAGGCCCGAGUUCUGCUGAGGUGGACGCUGCUCUCAGUCUGUCCGCCUCGAGCUCCUCUCUGGGCUGCCCGGCUUCUCCUCCUGCCGCCACGAGCCAGAAUGCUAGUGACGAGAGUGGCGAGGGUGGGUACGUCAAUCUGUAUUCAUCCAGCCAAGCCAACGGAGACCUGCCGCUCUCGAACGGUGACCCCAACAGUGGCGCGGAGGACUCGCUCCAGGACUCGGUCUCGGACCACAGCAAGGAGCCGACUGACUCGGACAGCUGGAAGCAGAAGUGUGCAGACUCGGACCUGAGCUCGGAGGAGCUGGACGAGCUGUCCCUGGUGGAUCAUAAUGAGAUCAUGGCUCACAUCACACUAAAGCAAGAGAACGAUGACGGACCAGACGUCCGGGCAGGAUCAGGGGACAUUUUAUUAGUUCACGCAACAGAAACGGAUCGCAAAGAUCUGGUUUUAUACUGUGAAGCCUUCCUGACGACGUACAGGACAUUUCUAACCCCAGAGGACCUCAUUAAGAAGCUCCACUAUAGGUAUACUAGAUUUUCUCACAGUUCCGACACCGUUAAGAAGCGAGUCAGCAAAAACACCUUCUUCGUGCUGGUGCGUGUUGUGGACGAGCUUUGUUUGGUGGAACUGACAGAAGAUAUUCUGAAGCACCUGAUGGACCUGGUGGUCAGUCUGGUUUGUAGCGGGGAGCUCAGUCUGGCCCGCGUCCUCCGUAAGAACGUUCUGGAUAAAGUGGAGCAGAAGAAGCUGCUGAGCUACACUAACUCGAUGAAGACUCUAGCUGCCCGCAGUGUCGCCGCCAGGCCUGGUACUCUUCAUGACUUCCGUAGCCAUGAGAUCGCUGAUCAGCUCACUCUCCUGGACGCAGAGCUGUUCUACAAAAUAGAGAUCCCUGAAGUUCUGCUGUGGGCAAAAGAACAGAAUGAAGAGAAGAGCCCGAAUCUCACCCAGUUCACAGAACACUUCAAUAACAUGUCUUACUGGGUGCGUUCUUUAAUAAUCCUGCAAGAAAAAGCCCAAGACCGAGAAAAACUCCUCCUCAAGUUUAUCAAAAUCAUGAAGCACUUACGAAAACUUAAUAACUUUAACUCCUACUUGGCGAUACUGUCGGCUCUGGAUUCAGCACCUAUAAGGAGACUGGAGUGGCAGAAGCAAACCUCAGAGGGUCUGGAGGAAUACUGCACUUUAAUCGAUAGCUCGUCAUCGUUCCGGGCGUACAGAGCAGCCUUGGCAGACGUCGAGCCUCCCUGUAUACCUUACCUGGGUCUCAUCCUUCAGGACUUAACCUUUGUGCACCUUGGGAAUCCUGACUUCAUCGAAGGGAAGGUGAACUUUUCGAAACGCUGGCAGCAGUUCAACAUCCUGGACAGCAUGCGGCGCUUCCAGCAAGUACAUUACGAUCUCAAACACAACGAUGACAUCGUAUCCUUCUUCAACGACUUCAGUGACCAUCUCGCAGAGGAGGCGCUGUGGGAGCUCUCUCUCAAGAUCAAGCCACGGAACAUCACGCGCCGCAAAACAGAGCGGGAGGAAAAGACGUAGGGCUUCGCUCCCCGGCAGAAUAAACUCUGUUCAAGUGGACUUGUGAGAAGAAGCAAUUAAGAGGCGACCAUGACGGCAGCUAUGAGACUGUUGGGAACCGUACAACGUUUUCACAAGUUUACAGGAGUUUGGGGAAUGCACUGCGUCUUGUCCUGUGAACAUUUUGCAAGGGAGAGUGCAGGACGUUGCGGUGGGAGGGUCAGUAAGACCUCAGUGUCUGGACGCAUGGCUCCAGAUAAUUAUCUUUUUUUUUUUUUUUUCUUAAAUGCACAUAAACGACUGUUUACGACGGACUUUAGAAGGAUUUAUUGUGUCCCUAUUUUAACAGCUUGCAGCAUUUGGCACUAGGUCUUGGUAUUCAUAGACAGUUGCUAUAAAAGGCAUGAUUUGAAAUCUCAACAGAUUUAGCACUUUACAUCCAUGUACAAACAGCUUCGCUCACGUCGCCCCGUUGAGCUGAUGGGACUUCGUGAACAGGUUUAACCAGAGCUAGCCGGAUUGCUAACACUGUUCCUCAUGUCCCUUUUCAGGAUUUCACUGGUCCUCGGUCUUUCUGAAUAAUGAACGUUUGUGUUUGCCGAUUGUGAUGCGUACUGUCUGGAAACAAAAGGCUUCACACCACUUCACACCAAGUCUUCCAGUUGUAUUUAUUUUGAAAAAGUGUCUACUUUUCAGAGGAAUAUAUCACGUGUUGUGAAUUAUAUCGUCGUGUGAAUUUGGUAGAUGCAAAUACGCAGUUGCAGAUUCCUAUAUUUCAUGUUUGUGAUUUAACGCUUAUACAAAGUCAUCCAGAUGGAAGUGUUGAGUUGUGUAGGAGUACUUUACGUCUCUGUAGUAUGGUUACAACUCUCUCUCUUACAGUGUGCGCUCAUAACCUGAUACCAAGUGCCUAACGCUGUUCAUAUAGUGCAAUGAUUUGUCGUUUAUUUUUGUAUAACGUGUCUUUUUUUUUUUUUAUUAAAUGUUAGACAUUUUACACGGACACUUUUGGAGAAGCUGAUGCGCUCUCUCCAGAUCAACGGUAUGAAAAGUGUUCAAAUGUGUGCACUUGAAACAAAAAGAAUAAGGCUAUGAAGAGCUGCCAUGCCGAGCUCAGCCCUGUAUAGAAGACUGAAGGAAUUCUAUGAGGGUGAUGUGGGCUUCGUGAAUACUGCUGGAGUCAUUUAUUACAAGGAUUGAUGUGGAAUUAAAGUCCCAGUCAGUGAUCAGUACAACUGACAGAAUGAAAUAUUAGCUGUCUGUAGUUCCAACAUUUUUCUCAAAAAAAAAAAAAUCUGCUCAUCAUGUUUGCUUUAA